GCUCCAUUCAUUUUCCUCUCAACACAAUCAUCAAUCACUCACAGCGCUCUUGAUACCAUUCAAUUUUUUUUUUCUUUUUAAACCCGAUCAACCGCCACAAUGACCGCCGCUGAGUUCAAGAACCCCGCCACUACCGCCAUCCUGGAGGCGGCCAAGGCCCGCCGCUCCAUCUACACCCUCAAGGCCGAGAGCCCCAUCGCCGACGAGGCCAUCGAGCAGCUCGUCCAGCAAGCCGUCCUCCACGUCCCCAGCUCCUUCAACACCCAGACCGGCCGCAUUGUGCUGCUGCUGAAGGAGGAGCACCAGAAGCUGUGGGACAUCGCCAUCAGCGCCCUCGAGGGGCUGGUCGCCGCCGGCCAGGUCCCCAAGGAGACCUUUGAGAACCAGACCAAGCCCAAGCUGAACGCCUUCCGCAACGGCUACGGCACUGUCCUGUUCUUCGUCGACUACGACUCCCUGGCCCCCAUCAAGGAGAAGUUCGCCAUCUACGCCGACAACUUCAACCCCUGGGCGCUCGAGUCCAACGCCAUGGCCCAGUACCUGAUCUGGACCGCCCUCGAGUCCGAGGGCUUCGGCGCCAACCUCCAGCACUACAGCCCCCUGAUCGACGAGCAGGUCGCCAAGCAGUGGAACCUCCCCGCCUCCUGGAAGCUCGAUGCCCAGCUGGUCUUCGGUACUCCGACCGCCCCGGCCGGCGAGAAGGCCUUCGCGCCGCUGGAGGACCGCUUCAAGGUCUUCGGCAAGUAAACGGGCCGCGCAGCAGCUUGGGCUGAUGGGCUAUUUGAGCGGGCAUUGCAUUUGGAUAGAGUUUGAUACCUAG